CUUUGGGCUCUUACAGGUGUUGGAGUCAUGAUGCUCGCUGGUUUCUUCGUCCUGCUCUUCCUCUCAGAUGUUGUGUCGCCUGAGGGUAACUGCAGUUAUCAGGAUGUUUUAAACCACCUGAACUUGUCCACAAACAACGAGCUGUUCUUUAUGACCCGACCCGUUAAAAACUACAAACACCCCACACAGGUUUCCCUGGAAGUACUACUCUAUGCCAUUCUAGAUGUGGUUGAAAAAGAUCAGAAAUUCAUUCCUUAUGUUUGGACUGUCAUGAGGUGGCACAAUGAAUACAUCUCCUGGGACCCAAAUCAGUUUUGUGGCAUUGAUAAUGUUUCUCUUCCUACUGACAUUUUGUGGAAACCAGAUCUCACUAUUGAAGAAAUGGUCAUUGAGUGUUUCGGGUCUCUUCAAACAUCAGACACCCUCACCCAGGUGACCCAGCCAGGGGUGAUCAGUCCCUGGCUUGCAUCCCAGCAGCAGUUGACCAUGCGGCCUCCCUCCUCAGCCAGAGCAACCCAGUGGCUCCCUAUAUUCUUUAUGGCCCUCUUCCUAGCCAGUCCCACUAUCCCCAGCUUUGUGAGUACUCUGCAGGGUGACCAGCCUGCAAAGCCCCAACAUCCCAGCCUAACAGGCUCACAGUGGGUGUUCCAGUCCUGCCUCCUGCACCGUUCCAUCAGCUCCUGGUACUUGGCACAUUUUUGCUCCUUGGCUUCAUCCAUGCGCUCCUCCCAGGCAAAGGACAUUCGGCUCCAGUCGACGGACAACUCUUCAGAGGCCACAGAGUGUUCUCGUGAGGUGAUGCGGACUCAGUACGAAUGGCUGUUUCUCAACAUGACAGUUACUACCAACAAUGCCAGCAAUACGUUCGGCCAAGACAUUGUCAUUUACACUUUUGACAUCAUCUCACAGAUCACCAUGAAGAGGCGGUCUCUCCUCUACAUUGUCAACUUCUUGGUACCCGUCUUGUUCUUCUUGUGUCUGGACUUGGCCUCCUUCCUGAUCUCAGACAACGGGGGCGAGAAGCUCAGCUUCAAGGUCACUGUGCUGCUCGCUGUCACUGUGUUACAACUUAUCCUGAAUGAAAUUCUGCCUGCCUCAUCAAACAAGAUUCCUCUCAUAGCGGUCUACUGCAUUGGGAUUUUUGCUCUGAUGCUGCUGAGCCUCCUGGAGACAAUUUUCGUAAUGCAUCUGAUGGAAAAAGACUCUGCAUCCCAAGAAGAAGACGCAGAUAAAGACCGAAGCCUGAGUGAGGACUGUAACAAACAGGGCAAAGCCAACAUCCACAGCUGUCAUGGGGGGAUGCACAAAUGGACUCACUGCGCGUGUAUCUUUGAUGUGUCUACUGGUGAAACUCCGUCUGAACUGCUGCCUGUGGCCAAAGAGGGCACAACAGAACAACAACACAACAGCAGCAAACUGAUAGAGGAGUACCAUGCCUUGGAGAAGCUCUCAGAUGAGCUGAAAGAGAUGGAGAAAACCCUUUCCCAGCUCCUCAGCAACAGGAAGGAAGAGGAGAAGCCCGGCUACUGGACCGGAGUGGCUAAAAAAGUGGAAGUGCCUCAAAUUACUCAGAGCAACUGGAGCCUCUUCAUGAUCAACAGUCCGAUCAGAGCUCUGAGGAAGGUCAGCAUAGGGGCAUGUCUGUGA